AUGGAGUCACCGAACAAGGUUGCAAUGCCAGUUGCAAAACUCCCGGCCUCUGGCACAACCGGUUUCACAAAAACAGAUGACGGAAAUGAUUCUUUAGAUACAAUAUUCAGGCAAGCAAUUGGAAAAGAACCUUUGCUUUCCUUUCCUAGGGCUGGUGACAGCCCGGUGCAGUGGAUUCAAUUACUUCAUGCUUUAGAUCAGCAAGAACUUCCAGGGUGGCCUUUGCUCUCUCCUGCGAAGGUUCAGUUACAAAAGUGUAACAAGUGUUCUCGAGAAUUUUGCUCUCCCAUUAACUAUAGAAGACAUAUACGCGUUCAACACCGAUUGAAAAAGCUUGAUAAGGAUUCUAAAAAGAAUAGGGAACUUUUAGGGGCAUAUUGGGAUAAGCUCUCCGUAGAAGAGGCAAAGGAAGUUGUGUCAUUCAAGAAUGUGAUGCUGGAGGAAAUUUCAGGGACUUCAAUUUUAGAAGCUUUGACAACUCUUAGAAAACAAGGAUUUUCUUCUCUUCCACAAUAUUACCUGAGGGCUGGCUCUGCCCUUUUGAAUAUUGUUCAAUCCAGGCCUUCUAAUUUUCCUAUAUCUUCCCAAGAGUUGUUCAGUAUCCUAGAUGAUUCUAGUGAAAAAACAUUUUUGGUUGGAUCAGCAGUGUCAAUGCAAAGAUAUGUUUUUGAUGGAGAGGCCGGAAAGAUUGGUCUUGAACAAAAAAACCUAGUUGCUUGCACAAGUUUCUUGCUAGAGCAGAAACUGGCUUGUUUGUUGUUUGAUUCAUUCAAUGGCAUAUUGUUGUAUGGUGUGAAUGCCUGGCUUGCUGACAAGGAUGCUGAAGCAUUGAGAUGCCAAAAACUGCUGGUGGAGGAAGAGGAAGCUGCUCAGAAAAGAAAAGCUGAUAUUUUAGAGAAGAAACGCCAGAAAAAGCUUAGACAGAAAGAACACAAGGCAAGGGAACAACUCGAAGAUGACACAGAAAUUAAAGGAAACAUAAGCAGCGCAGGGGAAGACGUAUCACCAGCAGAAGCAUGUGAUUUUGAUGCACAUAAUCCUGAUAUAUUUGCGGAUCAUUCUCCUCCUGUAACUUCUUAUUACCUUGACAACAAUGAAGUUAUAGAAGGGGAUACACUGUCAGGGUAUGAUUGUGACACUGAUCAGUAUAUAGAGAGACAGACAUUACGAGGACAAAAUCGCCGGGGCACGAUGCCUGCCAGAUGGCAAGGGCUACCAAAAUCACAAUGGGCUAGAACCAAUGGUUUGAAUGCAGGCCAGAAUUCUCCACUGUCAAAACUUGGAGUGAUUCCAAAGCAUAGAAUCAGCCAUGAUCUUAGGGUAGCUCCCAUAGUUAAUAAUAGUAAUAAAGUUUGGAGUCGAAAACCUAAAGCAGAAACUAAUGCUUUGGUUCUAAAAGCCAAACUGCAGAAAGAACCAGACAAAGAUAGGAAUCAAGAAGUUUUGAUAGGAUCUGUAUCAGUUAGUCUGGGCAAUUGCUGCUGUCAUUCCGGAGGUAAUUUUGUGGCACCCCAGCGGGACUGCUUGGCAGAGGAUGUAGCCAAGCAGAAUACUGCUCAGGAAAAACCAGUGAAACACGAUUCGUCCCAGGGAAGCAUCAGUCGGUUAACAGUUAAGCUUUGGAGGCCUAGGCCUGUUAGCCAGCAUGGAACUAAAGAUCCCUUUCCACUCCAAAUCCAAAAUGGUGGGACUGAAGCUGAUCUUAUUAGUGGGAAAUUUGACGAGAAAUUAUCAGUUCAAAAUAGUUUAAGGUUGUGUAGUGUAGAAGACAAUGAUAUUGAUUUUGGGGACAAAUUUUCCCAUGACGUGGCAAAAGUAGAUUCAGACAGCUUACGACUAUCCAGCCAUGCUGCAAAAUCCUUUCUUGCACAAAGAUGGAAAGAAGCUAUCUCCUCAAAUCAUGUAAAAUUGGUCGUCACACCUCAUUUAGAGUCUCGCGAAAGACAGCUGGAACAAGAGCCUGAAUUAGAAGCAAAUCAAUAUGCGAACUCGGACAGAUUUGACAUUGUUGCAAGUCCAGAAAACCAAUUGCCUGCAUCGUCUGGAAUAGCAAAACCUAAGUCCAAAACAAAGUCUGAGAAAGGAACGAAGAUAAAGUACAUUCCCAAACAGAGAGCUCCUUCUUGA